UUCCCCCCUUUUCAAAUUGAAAAAGGCGACACAACACAACACAGAGGGUUGGUUGGUGUGUUGAUUUGUUCCUCACGCUUCAUUCCAUUUCACGACUACUGAGCUGUCUCUGGCUGCUACUGUUUCAAUGUCUUCUCCCCAUUCUUCCAAAACCCCGAAUGUUUGCGCCGGAUUAAGCGUUACGAUUCUUGACUGAAGAGUGAAGAAUCUUCUUCUGCUUAGCUUCAGACCUGUAAAACUCAGCUCUUACUCUGUGUUUUGCGCAGUAAGGACAUGGCUUUUUGCACCAGGUUUUGCUGCGGAAAGACUUGGGAUCGGAAAGAACAGUCGAAGAAACGGCCCACCUGGAGGGUUUUCUCCUUGAAGGAAUUGCAUGCUGCUACGAACAAUUUUAAUUAUGAUAACAAGCUCGGAGAAGGGGGAUUUGGUAGCGUUUAUUGGGGACAGCUAUGGGAUGGUUCUCAAAUUGCUGUUAAAAGGUUGAAGGUGUGGAGUGAGAAAGCUGAUAUGGAAUUUUCCGUYGAGGUGGAGAUACUGGGCAGAGUCAGGCACAAAAAUCUGCUAAGUUUACGUGGUUACUGUGCUGAAGGACAAGAACGUCUUAUAGUUUAUGAUUACAUGCCUAACUUGAGUUUAUUCUCCCAUCUUCAUGGACAUCACUCAGCAGAAUGCCUGCUUGAUUGGGAACGAAGGAUGAAAAUUGCAAUAGGAUCUGCAGAGGGAAUUGUCUACCUUCAUCAUCAUGCAACACCACAUAUAAUCCAUAGUGACAUCAAAGCUAGCAAUGUGUUGCUAGAUUCAGAUUUUGAGGCCCAAGUUGCUGAUUUUGGUCUUGCGAAGCUCAUACYUGAUGGAAUAACUCAUGUCACCACCAAGGUAAAGGGCACCCUUGGCUACCUUGCCCCUGAAUAUGCCACGCUUGAGAAGGCAUCAGAAAGCUGUGAUGUCUAUAGCUUUGGCAUACUCUUGCUAGAGCUAGCUAGUGGCAAGAAACCCAUAGAGAAACCCAGUGCAACAACAAUGCAGAUAAUCACUGAUUGGGCACUGCCAUUGGUUUGUGAGAAAAAAUUUAGUGAAGUUGCAGAUCCCAAGCUGAAUGGGAAGUACGUGGAAGAAGAGCUAAAGAGGGUUAUUCUUAUUGCACUCAUCUGUUGUCAGAACAAACCUGAAAAGAGACCCACCAUGCUUGAGAUAGUGGACCUGCUAAAAGGAGAAUCAAAAGAAAAGUUGGCUGAUUUAGAGAAUGAUGAAAUGUUCAAGUCAACAAACUCUGGAAGUCAUCAAGAGGAAUUAUCAACUGCAGAGGGAAGCAUAGAUUUUAUCUCAGAGGAGAAAGAUGCCAAGGAAGUGAAAGAAGUUGCAGGCUCUGGGAGUUAUCAGGUGCAGGGCAGCUGAAUCUCUUACUCCCAGAUUUCAGAAAUAUAGAUAUAAAAAAACAGAAGGGAUCGUUAAGUUAAGCGUGAACUGGUAUAUACAGAAACAUCUUUUACUAGGGGGAGGUAGAGGUAGUAGUGGUUGCUUUUCUUAAAGUGCCAGUCUUAGAGCUGCCUAACCAUUAGAAACUUGGAAGGUUGGUUUUUGCCUUUUGGGAUGAAUUUCAAGUUUGCUUGUAAUUUGUUUUCUAUUUUGUUGCCUAGUAGUGGCUGUGAGACUGUUGUUGUAUUUUGGUUUCUUGGGUGGUUUUCAGAUUUUGUCCGACUUGGAGCAGCAAAGGUUGCUCAAGCCACCAUUCAUCUAAGGUGGUCAUAGUGUUUAUAGUCAAUUAUUUUGCAACUUUUUAUGUAAUUGGAAAUUUGGAAGGGGGGAUUGAAAAUUUGAAGUGGGUUUUGCUAUAUAUUUAAUGGAUCAAGAAGAUUAUUGAUUGCCAAGUGCUGA